AUGAUGGCGCGUCGACGAGAUGGACCACUAACAAGCAAUGACAUUUCAUUGCCACAAGAUUUUCGACAUUUACAACAUGUUGGCGUAAAUUCAUCAAGAGAUGAAAUAGUUGAUGUAAUGCUUCCACUCCCCAAGGCUUCUGCUUCUCGAUAUCAAGCUUCACCGAGAAAUCGUUAUGCGCAAAGUCCUCAAAAAUCUGCAUCUCCAGUUUUUGUUGAAGGUCGAAGCAGAGAAGUGGCUGUUGAUGUUCCUAACUCAAGUCAAGAAAGUGAGACUUGUUACGAGAAACCACGUCAUAGCAAUUCUUCUCUAGAAAGCGCAAAAAAUGCCGCUCCUCGAAGUCCUCGAAUGGGUGUAAAUAGUAAAGCGUCGAAAAAACCAUCAUCUUCUGAGGAAACACCGAUUUUCGCUAGUGAUUAUCAUGCUCGAAAUGCACGAAAUAUCCAAAUGGGUUUAGAUGGUGUACUUUAUCAAAAUGUACCCGAAGCAUCUUUCGGACCAUAUAAUAAUAUUAAUGCUCUUGGAAUUGAAGCGCAAAAAGCACAGCCACCACCACUUCCACCAAAAAAGGAAAAAAAAUGGACAAUGCAACAAGAUGAAGUGAUUGUCGUUUUGCGGGAAGGUCCAGACAGUUUUGACAUGGAACCAGUGCCACAAAAAGGCCGAGAGCCGUCUGUACAAAUUAAUAUUCAACCGGCCAAAAUUCGACCGCCCAGUGUCGCUCAAAACAUGGAAAGGCCCGGUUUCCUCGGGAUGGGCAUGGGACUAGGCAUGGGGAUGACUUUGGGAUUAGGGUUGGACGAUCCGAUUCCAAUCGAUACCCCACCAAACUCCUACACACCACACGCACCCCCAACUCAAGAGUUCACUCUACCCGCUCCGCCACCACAAAGCGCAAAGCCAACAGUGUUGACGCGAAGCCUCUCAAGCGAGCCUCCUCCACAAAAUGCGCCCAUCUACGAGCCGACACAAACACAAAGGAAAAACAUGAAAUCAUGGACAAAAGGCUUUCUUGGUUCUCAGAAGAAGAAACGGGAGAAAGCGUUGACGGUAUGGAACAAUGAACAAAUUCUCGAUGAGACACCAUCACUACCGGUGGCCGCUCCACGAACAUCCACGAAGACCACUCCUGCUCCAUUGCCACCAAGUCUUCCCGAUAUCCCGAAGAAAGUACCGCCUCCUCGGCCACCACCACCCGCACAAUCGCUCAAGCCAAACCUUAUCUCAAAGAAGAACGUCGAGAGACAAGCUGAGGAACCAGCUGCAGUUCGUGUUCGUGCUCCAGCUCCAGCUCCAGCUCCAGCUCCAGUUCCAGCUGCAGUUCGUGCUCCUCUUGCAAAAGAAACAGUUCCCAUUGGACCAGCUUCUGCACAGAUUGAUCAAAAGCCUCGUGGUGUUUACACGAAACGAUCGGAGAUCAAACUUCAACGUGUGCGCAGUCUUCAAGACGAUUUUGGGGGCCAUGCAGACGAUGAUGAAGAAUUUUCCGAUGAGGAUUUCUAUGCAAAUCAUCAGCAACAUUCGAGAAAUCUUCAAGAGCCAGCUGGUGGAGGCGAGCAUUUGAUCGAACCCGAUGAGGCUCCAAGCUUUCCGAUUCCGGCACCAGCAAGACCGCUUUAUUUAGCUGAGAGAACUCAGCUUCAAGAUAAGACGAUCAAGCAACUCCAAGAGCAGUUGAGCAUUCGUAAAGAUCGUCAAAAAUCGCAUGACGCUGAGUUAAAGCAAAUAGCCGCUGAGCUUCCGUCAUUUGAUGAUGAAGAGAGAGACGAAGAUGAGGAAACAUUGAUCAGUCAACCACCUGGGCAAUAUUCAAAUCCACUGCCCUUGCCGGGAGCUCGAGUAUCGCCGGGAGUCGUUCAUCGCUCGCGAAGUAGCCAAAGCAAUUCUUCUAUAACUCUCGGCCCUCCACCAGAACUACCAUUCCCUGGACCAAUGCAAAAAGCAUCACCCGGACAUUCGUCAGAGAUGCACAUUUUGACUGAACUCGAUGACAUGCUUGAGACAUAUGAGGAAGAGCAUCAAGGAAACCAGGUGGUUACAACUGGCUCAAGCAUCUACAACUCCGAUAUGCAAUACAUUCAUCAUGCUACUCGUAAAGAGACGACAGAAAUUUCACAGAAAGAAAUCAAUCCCAUCGUUGAUCCAAUCAUGCAACAAGUUUUCAACAAUUCAAAAAUCAAUGCACCGACUGUUGAGAAUUUUGAUUUACUUAAACAGGUUGGAGAAUAUCCAGCGGGCGCCAUUGGAGAAAAUGUUUCAGACGACGAAAAGCAAAAGCUCGCUCCUCAAUCGUCAAAGAAAACUGAAAAAAAAAAAGAGGCUCAAUCUCAAAGGAAGUCAAGUCCAAAUGACUAUGCACUUUAUUUGAACGUGAACAAUGAUGAGCAAAGAGAAACUCAAGAGCCAAAGGUGCAGAGCUUGGACAAGCGCCCAUUAAUGAAACCGAUUCCAAAGCCGCGGAGAACUCGUGCUCCGGAAAUCCAGGAAACUCCAUCCCAAUCGAUCCCCUUUUCCAAUCUUGAGGAUUCGACAAAACCGUUUACCAUUCGACUU